AUGGCCGAACACAAUAAACUCAAUCCAGAUGGCCAAUUUCAUUUCAUUUCCACUCAAAGUUCGGAUGACCUUACGACGAGACGUUUGGGCCGAUCACACGCUGUAGCGCGGGGCAUUCAGAACAAACGAAAGCUUCAGCAAAAGUCGGGUUUGAAUUUCCAUGCAGUAUCUCUAGAGGAUAUUAGCCGACGCGCGAGCAAAAGAAAGCAAGACCAAGCUCUUAUCAUGCCACCAAACUUCCUGUCCGCAGACCCAUCCGAUCCGUUCCAAAUGCUUGCUGCAGAAUCGCCCAGACUGCAGGCAUUGUUUAAUCGACGUAAGAUCCUCGCAAAUCUCAAAAGUAGCCAAGGAAGGCUGACACGAAAUGAUCCAGACAAGACCCGAUAUGCUACGAAGCCGAUCUUUAGUGUUUCAGACGAGCUUGUGCUUCAGAACUUUCGCUCGGUUCUUCGGGAAGGGCUAGAUGACCACGCCCUUCUGAGUGCCAUUAUGCUCACAUAUGCAUAUGCGACCACUGCUGGAAGCAUUGACAGAGAGUGUAUCCGGUACCAGGGUGAGGCUCUGAGCUCUAUUCGUCAAAGAAUGAGUUCUCCGAACAAAGCCACAAAAGUACCGACGCUAGGGGCCAUUCUGCUACUCGCCGGCAUAGAGGCUCGGCUUGGAUUGCCACGCCAAGUCCAACUUCACAUGGGGGCAAUAAAACAGCUUCUUGACGUAUGUCGAAGAACGGGUGUGUACUUGAGUGACGGUAUCAAACGUGCCAUCUUCUGCGUUCCAUGGCAGCUUAUCCUUACGAUACUUGACAGGUCCGACUUGAAUGCCUCGGUCAUGACGGGGUCGAGCCGAGUUGUUGAUCACACAACUUUUUCCGAGCUUCAGUGGAGAAGAGACCCCUUCUCCCCGAGUUACUUCAUCCUGCCACCUGGAUUCCAAUCCCAGUCCUAUUUACUGGACCGAGAUUUCGUUGAGGUGCUCAAAGAUGUCGCUGCAUUGCAAUGCAUCCGAGACUCUGCCUUGUUUUCUAGAGAAGAUGCAAUAUCGAUGGCACAUAUUGACAAUCACCAGGCAUCCAUCCAGUCUAGGCUGAUGAGCUUACCAACUUGCUCACUUGUUGCGGAGUGUUGCCAUCUAGCGGCAUAUCUAUGCUCGACUAUGCUGCGCUGCAAAAUUUGGCGUGCUUCGACUAUACCUCUACUAGGUAAGCUUCAACAAGCAAACGACGAUAUCAUAUGGGACGGUCAGCCUGGCUUGCUAGUUUGGCUCUUACACAUUGGCGGGGCUUUUGCGCCCAUGGGAAUUAUACGAUCGGGAUACGUGGCACUAUUGCAUUUAAACCGCAGAACCAGGCUCAGAGGGUUGUAUACAUCAUUGCCAGAGCUACUUGCGAUUCUAAAGCAGUUCAUUUGGUCAGAUAAGGCAUUUUUGUCACAGGUUAAAGCAUUCUGGGAAGAAAUUGUGGUUUAG